UGGUACGCAGAAUUAGGUAAGUGGCGCUACUGUGUGGUGAAAUUAACCUUCAAAAUAAGUUUUGUUACUGACAGCGAAGGAUGUUACAUCCGCAUAAACAUGGAAGUAAACAUUGCAUUAGCGUAUAUCGUAAAGACUUUCCUGGAUUCGUCCGCUUAUAUUUAUGAAGAUGACGACAUAGAUAUUUUACAAUUAAUUAUAGAGCAAAUGGACGCUGCUCCUACAGCAGAAAAUCGCCAACAAAUUUCUAAAGAUUUACUUAACAUUGAAAACUAUAUAGAACAUAUAAUUCCAUCCCUUAGCAGUGUAGAAUUCAAAUCUUACUUUCGGAUACUACCGUCUACGUUUGAAUUAAUUUUGGGCGAAAUUGGGAAGAAACUAAUUCGCACAACAGAUGGGAACAGGAUGAUACCUGCUGAUAAACAGUUGCUGUUGAGUCUCUGGCGGUUUGCAACUCCAGACACAUAUAGCUCGAUAAUUCAACGAUUUAACGUAGGUAAAGCCACAGCCAUAAGAGCGGUGCAUCGAGUCGCUAAGGCAUUGUGCGAGCUUUCAUCAAAAUACAUAGUAUGGCCUGCGGGAAAUAAAGUACAAGAUAUUGUAUACGGCUUUUCCAAUGUAAGCGAUUUUCCUGGCAUCAUCGGAGUCGUCGAUGAUACUCACGUCAGUAUUUCUGUACCUAGUAAAAAUGCAGGAUCUUGUAUAAACCGGAAGGGUAAUCACUUGAUUCAUCUACAAGUCGUUUGUGAUCACACGAGACAGUUCACGUAUGUCUAUGUUAAGAACGUGAGUUCCGAUGAUUCUGGUCCUCACAUGUCGGCCCUUCAGGAAUACCUCAAUGAUUCAAAUAAAUUCCCGAAUAACACGCAUUUAAUUGGAGAUGCAACGUAUAAGUUGCAUCAGCAUCUGAUGGUCCCGUAUUCCGACAGUGGACACCUUACGAAGCGUCAAAAGAAUUAUAAUUAUUGCCACUCUUCUAGUCGAACGGUUAUUGAAAGGGCAUUUGGCCUUCUGAAAGCACGCUGGAGGAGCUUGCUAAAUGUGUUGGCGAUCAACCGCAUGGAUUUCACCGCCUAUCACAUACUCGCGUGUUGCGUGCUACACAAUAUUUGCUUAUUAAACCAGGAUGAGAUACAACUGCAAGAUCAAGUCAUCGUUGUAGACGUAGACGUGGAGGAAACAAAACCACUGCCGGAAAUGCAAGUUGAAUAUAAUUGUGAUAGAACCGUUGCGGAAGCAAAAAGGAGUAACAUAUGUGCUAGUUUAUGUUUAAAAAAUGCGUGAAUAUUAAGAGGUAUAGGUAUUUAUACUUAGCUUGUACAUUUGUAUGUAAGAUAUGACUUAUAGUAAUCUUUUUGUAACAUUUUAUUUUUACAUAGAAUAGCUAACUUUUGUAAUAUAAU